GCGAUCCAUUCGCGGUCUGCACCCGGAAAGUACACCUCCCAGGGGUCUGUGCGCGCCGCCAGGGAACGGGUCUUGCGGCUUUGUCUCCCACGAAGAGGAGAUGGCGGAGUCGUUGAGGUCCCCGCGCCGCUCCCUGUACAAACUGGUGGGCUCGCCGCCUUGGAAAGAGGCUUUCCGGCAGAGAUGCCUGGAGAGAAUGAGAAACAGCCGGGACAGGCUCCUAAACAGGUACCGCCAGGCUGGAAGCAGUGGGCCAGGGAAUGCUCAGAACAGCUUUCUAGUUCAAGAGGUGAUGGAAGAAGAGUGGAAUGCUUUGCAGUCAGUGGAGAAUUGUCCAGAAGACUUGGCUCAGUUGGAGGAGCUGAUAGACAUGGCUGUGCUGGAGGAAAUUCAACAGGAGCUGAUCAACCAAGAGCAGUCCAUCAUCAGCGAGUAUGAGAAGAGCUUGCAGUUUGAUGAAAAGUGUCUCAGCAUCAUGCUGGCUGAGUGGGAGGCAAACCCACUCAUCUGUCCUGUAUGUACAAAGUACAACCUGAGAAUCACAAGCGGUAUGGUGGUGUGUCAGUGUGGCCUGUCCAUCCCAUCUCAUUCUUCUGAGUUGACAGAGCAGAAGCUUCGUGCCUGUUUAGAGGGUAGUAUAAAUGAGCACAGUGCACAUUGUACCCACACACCUGAAUUUUCAGUCACUGGAGGAACAGAAGAAAAGUCCAGUCUUCUCAUGAGCUGUCUGGUAAGCCUCUCCUGGGACCCACUCUAUGGUAAGAGGGACCUGUGGUUGGUUUUAUUCCCACCUUGAUAGAAAUAAUGACCUAGAAACAGGUAAAUGUUUAAUGCAGUUUAUUAUCUGAGGAAUUUACCUGCAUAGAAAAGUGAAGGUAACAAGUCAUUUAGACUCAAAGGCCAGUCAGAAAGAAGGGAAGAGGCAGCAUAGGAUCAUGGCAAGAGGAUUGGUCUGGGAGUUAGGACGCCUGGCUCCACACCUGCUCUUCUUAGAUCAGUAGUAGUGGUUUUGGAUUCAGCUGGUCAUUUCAUAGUCAUAAGACCCAGAUAGGCCAUGCUGGCACCACUUUUGCAGAAGGAAACAGGGCAGAAGCAUAGCAGGGCAGCAUUAGGUUUGUCUGUCAGUGGAGUUUUUACAGAGGUCCAAGGGCUAUUCGUUAACCUGAGUGACAACUGAGGUGUGAGGGCCAGGAACACAAGUGGGUAAGGGAACCACCUGUCUUAGAAGCAUGCUAUAGGAACCAAUAUCUCUUAUAAUCCAUGUCCUUUCCAUAUAUGUGUAUGUAUGUAUGUACAUGUGUAUAUAUAUCACGCAAACACACAUAAAACCAAUAUGAUACGUAUUAUUAUUGCUUUUAGAUCCCAGGCAGGGGGAGCCUUGGGAUUAGGAGCACACUGUACUUCAGGAAGUUCGUAGCCAUGGCUUUCUACUGGGAAUUUAGAAUUCCUUCAUGGCCCUGUCAUUCCAAAUGCAGUUAACCUACAGAGGUCAUUUUUAUUAUAAGCAGCAUUGCCUAGUAACAGCCAUUUCACCUUUAUCAAGUUUCUUCCAUAGGUAUUCUACUCAUUCAUUAAAAAAAAUGAAUUGAGGACUCAUUAACAUUGAGAAAUACACAUCUCUCACAGAGCUCAAGCCUUGGGUUGGUAAUAAGAGAACAGAAUAAACAGGCAGUACCCUGGAGAGCUGUACAAGGAGGGCUUAUGGGAGUUCAGAGGAGGGUGAUCUCCUUUAUGGUGACACCUUCCUGGAGGAGGCAUUUAACUUGGCCUUGAAGCAUGGAAUCGAUCUGGACAGACAUGGAGAUCUGGUGAGUUGUGGGGGUAGAGCUUAAGUGGAAGAUCCCCACAUAGAAGAACAAGGCAGAGAAGCAGGAAACCGGAGUAUAUACAAAGAGCAUCUUGUUCUACUUAGCUGGAGCAUUAGGUUCAUGAGGGAGAGGAUAGUUCCUGUUAGGAAUAGGAAACAGAUUCAGAGAAGUGAUGUAAUCUGGCCAAAAUUUUACUACUAAUAAGCGAUAAAGCUGGUGUUAGACCCCAGGUCUUUGUGGUUCCAGUGCCCCUGCUGUUUCCUGCUCCAGGCUCAGGCCUUGGUGGAAGGAUGCCAUUUUCCAUCAGCUUGUAUGGAAAGAGACAUAGCAGGUGAAAGUUUAAAUAAAACCCCUCACUACUUCCUGUUGACUACAGGCAUAUGUUCCCUUCUGUUCCAGCUAUCCAGCACUGGUAGCAGAUGCUCAAAUAUGCAGUGCUUUCAGGCCUCUGUGCUGUUGUUUAGGCUGUUCUGUCUGAAUGACUUUGACUCCUCCCACUACAUUUAAGGAUCAUUUGCACAAAUAUUUAUCGAGCACUACAAUAUGCCAUGUACUUCAUUCAGCCUGAUUCCUCACAAGGAAUUGGCCAGUCUCAGCUGGCCACGGUGGCUCACGCCUGUAAUCCCAGCACUUUGGGAGGCCAAGGUGGGCAGAUCACCUGAGGUCAGGAGUUCAAGACCAGCCUGGCCAACAUGGUGAAACCCCAUCUUUACUAAAAGUACAAAACUUAGCUGGACAUGGUGGUGGGUGCCUGUAAUCUCAGCUACUCGGGAGGCUGGGGCAGGAGAAUCGCUUGAACCCGGGAGGCGGAGGUUGCAGUGAGCUGAGAUCGUGCUGCUGGAUUCCAGCCUGGGCAACAGGGUGAGAUUCUGUCUCAAAAACAGAAUUGGUGGCCGAGUGCAGUGGCUCACGCCUGUAAUCCCCACAUUUUGGGAGGCUGAGGCGGUCGGAUCAUCUGAGGUCAGGAGUUCAAGACCAGCCUGGCCAAUAUGAUGAAACCCUGUCUCUACUAAAAAUACAAAAAAAUUAGUCAGGCAUGGUGGCACACACCUGUAAUCCCAGCUACUCGCGAGGCUGAGGCAGGAGAAUCACUUGAACCCAGGAAGCGGAGGUUGCGGUGAGCAGAGAUUACGCCACUGCUCUCCAGCCUGGGCAACAAGAGUGAAACUCCAUCUCAAAAAAAGCAAAACAAACAAAAAAAGAAUUGGCCAGCCUGAGAAGUCCAUUCCUUUGGAGUCUGUGUUACCAUUCUCAAUAAACCUAAUGAGGGCUGGCAGAGGGGAACUGGCCAGUCUCUCCUUGGGCUUUCACCGUACCUCAUGCCAUGUCACCUGUAACAGUGUUGUAGUUACCUGCUUACGUCUUUGUCCUUGAGGGCAAGGCCCAUAUUUAUUUUUAUUUCCAGUGCUUGGCAUAUAUUAAUAAAUAGGUGCUUAAGAUGUUUGUACAAAUGAGUUAAGGUGGAGGGAGGAGAGUUGAGGCACAGGUCAGCUGGCUUUGGCUUCUGUCUUCUUAGUAAGGUGAACAGUGAGUCAUCCACACAGAUUAUAAUGGUAGCAGAGCUGGAGUCUACAGCUCCUUGAGUAUGAAAGUCCCCUUGAGUGUGAAAGACAAAAUGCUGGUGGGGGGAUGAGAAGGGGAAUUAAAAGGUAAGUGGAAGAUGGCCUAAUUGCCAAGUGUACAGCUUCAGCUCAGCAUAUAAUUGUUAUGGACCCCAGUUAUCCACUCACCUAACCGUCAGUGCCCUGUGGCUCAGAGCAGCAGUGAAGCUAAGUAGGAGGUGAGGUUUGGAAGGUGAGUGCUGUGCAGCAGUCUCGGAGAUCAUAGUUGACAGUGCCGGCUCUGGGGUGGGCAGGGAGACCAUUGUUGGGUAAGUGAGGGGAGGCGGGGGUCACAGCAAAUAUGAGAAACACAGCCAGGCACUGUGGUUCACACCUGUAAUCCCAGCAUUUAGGAAGGCUGAGGUGGGAGGAUCACUUGAGGCCAGGAAUUCAAGACCAGCCUGGGCAACAUGGUGAAACCCUGUCUCUACUAAAAAUACAGAAAUUAGCUGGGUGUGGUGGCUCGCACCUGUACUCCCAGCUACUCGGAAGGCUGAAGUGGGAGGAUGGCUUGAGCUCAGGAGGCAGAGGUUGCAGUGAGCUGAGAGGGCGCCAUUGUGCUCCAGGCUGGGUGACAGCGAGAUUGUGCCUCAAAAAAAAAAAAAAAAAAAAAAAAAAAAAAGAGGAGG